CUUUUCUUUGCAGGGUUACGUGUUGGGUGAUCUCCCUAACUGUAUUCUGUAUUGUAGGACACGAGUGAGGACACAGCAUGCUGUCGUCCCUGAAGACCCUGCUGCUGCUCUCGGUCCUGUGCACGCCGACCUCGAGCCUGUGCCUCCGCCUCUACAACUCCCGCUCCGACCUGCUGUGCGUCGACCAGAUGGCCGUCGGGGUCCGGAGCGAGGAGGACGAGCCGGGUUACUCCCCCGUGGACCGCUGGGGGUCCCUGCUGCAGUCCGCGGAGUAUCUCUCCUCAUCCUCCACCUCUUCUUCUGCUGAGUCCAGCCGGGAAAAAAGGACUUCAAGUCCCGCAAACUACCGCUUCAUGCGCCGGACGAAGCUCAGAGAGCUGAUGGCCCGCAACAGCAGCAAAGGGGACCGGAGGAGCAGGCUGACCCUGUCCCUGGACGUCCCGACCAACAUCAUGAACGUCCUCUUUGACGUCGCCAAGGCCAAAAAGAUGCGAGCCAAGGCGGCGGAGAACGCGCUCCUGCUGGCUAAGAUUGGAAGGAGAAAGUGA